UGGAAGUUUCUAGUGUCAGCUGAGUGAUGGACAGCGGGAGGCGUAUGGUGGAAUAGAGGGCGGCAUGGAAGGUGGCGUGGAGGGUGAGCAGGCCCCACACAAGCCUGACAGUGGGGAGGACACCGAGGAGAGCCAGGAUUCCUUGCCCUCCCUUGGGGGAAAUGAGGUGAAGAGUCGCGCUAUAGUGAAAUAUUCCUCCGCCCCACCAGCCACAGCGUUCGCCCGGCUUCAGGAGAAGACAGACUUAAAGUUACCCCCGGCUAAUUGGCUGCGGGAAAAUGCCAAGCUCGGGCCUACUAGCCUUGGAAGCAGCACAAAGAGCAAGCCAUUCUCAAGCUUUGGCAUGGCCUAUGAUUUUAUAGACUCUGUGGGGAAGGAGGUCGAUGUGGUGUCUGAUUCGGAGAACAUAAAAAAACUCUUAAAGAUUCCAUACAGCAAGUCUCAUGUCAGCAUGGCCGUUCACCGCAUUGGGCGCACCCUACUUCUGGAUGAGUUGGACAUUCAGGAGCUUUUCAUGAGGUCUUCUCAGACAGGGGACUGGACAUGGCUGAAGGAAUUUUAUCAGAGGCUAAUGGAUCAGAAGUGGCAGAGAAAGAAGAAGAGUAAGGAACACUGGUACCAGAAAGCCAUCCUCUCCAAAUUCCUCUAUUACAGUAUUAAUGGUGAUGAUCCAGCUGAGCCAGUACCCACCAACCCUCCUGAGCCAAGAGAAGCUCAGAACCUCGCUGAAUCCACAGGAAGAGAGAAUGUAACUUGGCCGACCCCAUUUGAGACGUUGCCUUCUGUCUCGGAAGAAGGGGGGGCAUCCAAUCAGGGUCUAAAAAAUGACUUUGUUCGGAAUAUCCUGUGGACAUUUGAAGAUAUUCAUAUGUUGGUCGGUUCUAAUAUGCCCAUAUUUGGAGGCGGGCGAUACCCAGCUGUUAGUCUGCGGCUACGGGAUAAUAACAAGCCAAUCAAUGUGCUGACUGGGAUUGAUUACUGGCUGGACAAUCUGAUCUGUAACGUACCUGAACUUGUCAUGUGCUUUCAUGUGAACGGCAUUGUGCAGAAAUAUGAGAUGAUUAAAACAGAAGAUAUCCCCAAUCUGGAGAACUCCAACUUCUCCACCAAAGUGAUCAAAGACAUAGCACAGAAUAUCCUGUCCUUCCUAAAGUCCAACUGCACCAAAGAAGGCCACACUUACUGGCUGUUUAAAGCCAGUGGUAGUGACAUAGUGAAACUGUAUGACCUCACUACUUUGUGCGAAGAUACAGAGGACAAAUAUCAGAACCCAUUUACCAUGCCAGUGGCUGUUCUCCUCUACAAGGUGGCUUGUAACAUGAUGAUAAAGAAAACGCAAAAUAGAAAACAUUACGGAACUAUUCGUACCCUGUUAUUAAACUGCCUGAAGUUAGUGGAUAAAGGAAGACAUCCUCAGAUAAUUGCUUCAGCCAACUACAUGCUCUCCGAGCUUUUCCAGCUAGAGCCAAAGAAAGAGGAAGGUGUAGAUGCCGCUUCCAAUGGAAACUCUGAUGAGAGCUACAGUGAAGAGGAAGAAGAGGAUGAGAUGGGGGACAGUGAUGAAAAUGGAGCUUACAGCUCCACCCCAAACCCCUCUGAAGACAGCAAGGCUGUGGCUGUCAUUAAAUCAGUCCGGGAGCUCUCCGUUCCUGAAAAGUACAAGUCCACUCAUCAGAUUAGGCCGAGCUGUGCUUUCCCAGUGUGCAGUGACACAGAGGAGCGCUGCAGAUUGGUGCUUGGCUAUGUUCUAGAGGGCUUCAAGUCUAUUGACGCGAGUAUUAAGAAAGAAGGAGAGCUGCCUGCAGCAGACCCCAACACUCCCAUCCCGCUGAAAUAUCAAGACGAUUCUGCAAAUGUGGUCUCUGAGUGCUUGGAGAAACAGAUGCAAUUAUUCCUACACAAAAUGGAAUGUACGGAUAAACAGUGUUCCAGUAGAUCUGGGAUUGUUCCCGGCUCCUGGCAGUUCAAAAUGAAGCUGCAAUUGAUUAUUAAGGCUUCCAAAGCCUAUUACGUGUUAUCAGAUGCUGCAAUGAGCCUGCAGAAAUAUGGACGAGCUCUGCGAUAUAUCAAGUUAGCGUUACAAUGUUACGAUGCCUACAGCUGCCUGUGUACCAGCCAAGUUUCUGACGUCACGCUGCUGCUGUGCCAGUACCUCGCUCUCUGUGGAGACAUCCAGCUCAUGCUGGCCCAAAACGCAAGCAACCGAGCUGCGUAUUUCGAGGAGUACAAUUACCAGACAAAGGAUGACCAGGAGAUCCUGCACAGUCUUCACAGAGAAUCUAGCUGUGAUGGAUUUUCUUUUGUCACUGACCUGAUCACUGACCUGGAAUGCCAGCUCUCCGUUAGCUGCAAAUGCUAUGAAGCUGCCAACGAAAUCCUGAUCAUUACCCAGCUCCAGGACCAAAACCCAGACCAGAAAACUCAGGUUCUCAAGAGGCUCGGCAACAUCCGUAAUGAGAUCGGAGUGUUCUUUAUGAACAAGGCUGCGGCUCUCCAGUCUGAGAGAACAGGAGGUAAGAGCGUUUCCAAUGCAGAGCAGGACUUGUGGAAGAAGAGCUACUCCAGCUUUGAGAAAGGAAUUGCCAACUUUGAAUCCAUCCAGGACACCACAAACAUGGCUCUCUUACUGUGCAACCUGGGGCGACUGAUGAGGAUAUGUGCCCAGGCACACUGCGGCAGUGCAAAUGAUGUGAGAAGAGGGGAGUUCUCUCCAGAUGAAGCUCUCUAUUACAAUAAGGCUAUUGAUUACUAUCAAAGAGCAUUGAAGUCUCUGAAUAAAAGAGAGGCUCACCAGGCUGUGUGGGACUCGGUUUAUUGGGAGCUGUCCACAACUUAUUUUACGAUGGCCACUCUGCUGCAGGACUAUGCUCCCAUCUCCAGGAAAGCACAGGAGCAGAUUGAAAGAGAAGUGACAGAAGCCAUGAUGAAGUCCCUGAAAUACUGUGAUGUGGAAACUGCAUCCGCUCGACAGCCUUUAUGUCAGUACCGUGCCGCAACCAUCCAUCACAGGCUGGCCUCCAUGUAUCACAGCUGUCUGAGGAAUCAGGUGGGAGAUGAGCACUUGAGGAAGCAGCACCGCGUUCUAGCUGAUCUCCACUAUAGCAAAGCAGUGAAGCUUUUCCAGGUGCUGAAGGACGCUCCAUGCGAGCUUCUCAGAGUGCAGCUCGAGAGAGUGGCCUUUGCAGAGUUCCAGAUGUCCAGCCAGAACAGCACUGCGGGUAAAGUGAAGAGCCUGUGUGGAGCUCUGGAGAUUAUGAUGAAUACGCAAUGUGCUUUUGUCGUUCUUCAGAAAGAGCUGGAGUGUGAAAGCGAUCAGGUAAGAGAAGACAGCAAGGAGCCGCCAGGAGAUUCGUCUGCCAAUCUCUGCAUGGAAGAGGUGCUGAAGCUGGUCAAUAUAUUUGAGUCCCGCUUGUCAUUUGUCCUGUUACAGUUUAUCAAGCUUCUAUCUCCAAAGAAGAAGAAAACCUCUAACGGCACAGAAGAAGAAAGCUCUCUGCGAACCUACAAGCAAGUCUAUUCUAGUCUGCUGCGGGCUUCAGCCAGCAAGAUUUCCACACUGUCCAAGAGACUGAGCGUGCUCAUAAAUUUAUUGGAUCAGCUCACCCCUAAGAGCCAGGCAAAUGAGACUGUCAUGCAGUGACACACGAUGGUGUUUGGGAUACAAAGCGGAUGUUGUGCCUUGUUAAACCUGCGAUUGCUGCUUUGUUCCACUCGCUGCUCGGAUCCAUCUGUCAUUAAAUAGAAUACACGGCGUGCAAGCCACCUGAUGUUUGGGAAAGUAGUUCAAGGAUGUCUCUGUCAGAAGAGAGCC